AUCUCGCGAAAGAACGACUGGCAGAGUCCGCAGGGAUCUAAUUGCUGUUUGCCGGCACGCGGCAACGCCUCGUCCUGGCGCUUCACGGCGCGACGUGGUGGAAAAUCUUCCAAAAGGAAUCGGCUAUUCGGACCCAGGCCGAUUCCCAUGAGAGACCUGACAUAAAUAAAUCUACGAAGACAACGAAGGAAAGAAGAGAGGUAUGUUAGAAUGAAGAGAAAGAAGGAAGAGAUGUCACUCGGAAAAAAUAUGAAUAUAAAUCUUGGAGGACAUCGAUGGACACCUUGAUCUUCUAACGAUUUAGAAAAUGAAAAAAGAUAUGGACAAUGAACGACGAAUUCAAAUCGAAUGUUUCUCUAAUUUAUGUGUCAAGUGUGCACGAGAUAGAACGAAGUUUCAUUAAUGAACGAACGAACGAAAGGAAAACUCUUGACUGUAUCUACAAAUCAAGAUUACCGGAAGAAAGCUAAAAAGAAAAAGAAAAGUUAUUCGUCAAGUUACGCGUCAAGUUGAUUCGUAUAAUUAGAUGUAAUAAUUUGAUGUAUUGCGAUGAUCGUCAUGCAACGAAGAGAUGGAUGUGCAGCAAGAUGAUGAAUAAAUUUGUCUGAACACUGUUAACAUAUCUAUUUACAUAUCGGUCCUUAGUGGAAACAUGUGAAGUCAAAUUUCGUUUAUAAUUCUAAUCGAAAAUCACAUAUCUUCUAAAGAAUUAAAAACACAAGCCAAGUGGAUCGAACUGCAUUAAAACAUCGUUUUCGUAAUCGUGUUGUAUCUCGCAAUUGCCGCAUCGCGAUAUAUGCUAUGUGUCCAAGCAACCUCUCUUUUUUAUUCGCUGCAAUGUAACAGAAAGUUAGAUUAUAAUCCAACUACGAUUUUAUCGAUUGCUAAAUUAUUAUUAAAUGGAAACAAAUAGAAGAACAAUUAAUAGGAUUUAGAUCGUUCAUAGAGAGAUGCGGUCGAUUUAAUUCAACGACACUUAUGUUACUUUUUCUAACGUAUUAAAUGCACAGAACAUUAUAUCAACAGUACAAAACAACAGGCAUUGAUGACUCCUGAUCGUUAUCAAUUUUAAAGGACUUCACUUUUCCUUAAAAAGUAAAGAGAAAGUAGAAAAUAUGCAAGAACUGAGACAGAGCUAGGUAACGAUUAUUAACUAUGCAAAUACCAAUAUUUUCAUUCAUACUUCACACUGCACUGUUCGCUGCGCAUCGAAUUAUCGAGCUAAUACCAACAGUGAGGCCAAAGAAAUAGAGGAACCUCGAUACAAACAAACCCGCAAUCUCAUGAAACAUAUGGCUUUGAUCAAUGACAUGCAUCUUGCUUUUUGGAACCUAAGUCACGUACGUACCAACAUACUGUUUUACGAGUAUUAAAAUGACCGAAAAAAGCAAACGUUGAUAAAUCAAGGCUCUUCGAUCGAAAAGAUAUAAAAAUAAUAAGGAAUAUAAUACACUCCUGCGUUUACUUUUACGUUAGAAUUAUUAUUAAACGAGAAUGAUCAAAUUACUCGAUUUUUGAUUAAUGUUUUAUUAGAUAUAGAUUGAUCGAUAUAGGUCAAGUUCAGUUUUGUAUUUUUAUGCAUUUUGUCAAAUUGUCAUUUUUUAUCAUAAUAUUUUUAUCUUAUCAGAUAUCAAUGAGAUCAUUUUGAAAGACGUAUCUAAUAUUUGAUAACAGCCUAUCAACUUUACGAUAAUGCUACACGGAAAACAAUGUAUAUCUUCAAUACUGUAUUACAUUUUAAAUGUUCAAAAUUGGCCGACACGAACGUCCGAUCUGGUAUGCGUAAUAAUCUUUGUCCUAACGUGGCUGUACAUUGCGGUGGGAAAAUCGUGCAGAAUAAUGUACGCCGAACCACCAAUCCUACAUCCGAAUCUAGAAGACAAAAAAGUGUCUUUCGAUUACGAAGAUGGCUGAUCGGUAUAUUAAUUUUUUUACUAAUGUUUUUCAUAAUUAUGAAUAGUUACGCUACUGGACAAUUUCGUAUAAUACAUUUUGGUAAUAUUGAAAAGGAAGAUUUAGAAGAUAAUUAUGAACAGCCUAUUACGUCAAUCGCUAAUUCUGGCUAUUUAGUGAGCACCAGUGGUUGCAGAAUACCAGCGAUAGAACCAUUUGAUCGAUCAAUCAUGCGUUUCAUACAAAAGGAAAAGCCUAUCGUGUGUAAAGCUGGAACGAUACCACCUCUGACGGAAUCUAAUAACUUUCUGGUAUAUAUAAAUCCGCUCUCGCGAACGCUUUACUACAAUCGAUCAACGGAUAUUGUUAAUUGCUGCUGGAGUGCGUUUGAACGUCAAGAAAACAACGAUAAUGUCAACGUAUACAACAAAGAGUGUUACUUCUUCAAUAAGGAGAGCCAGGUGACGGCAGAAUUUGUAAGAGUCCAAUGUUGGCGAGGAGACGACAUAAUAUACAAAGAUUAUCACGCCUUUGUACCUCGGAAAGCGGACGUAGAGGAAAGAUGCGAAAAUGUGAAGAAAACGAGUCCCGUGGAAAAUCGACUGAGCAUUCUGGUGAUAGGUCUUGACUCAGUUUCGCGAUUAAACUUUCGUCGAAGCAUGCCAAAAACUGUGAAAGUUCUCGAAGAUUUAGAAGCAGCGGAGAUGCUGGGUUAUACGAAGAUAGCCGAUAACACGUAUCCAAAUUUGGUAACUGUGUUGUCCGGUUUAAAUCCAACGGAGUUAAAGAAACUCUGUUGGCAGGACAAGAAGAAAACGUUCGACAAAUGCCCGUUCAUCUGGAAAAGCCUAAGUUCCGCCGGUUAUCGAACGAUAUUUGGCGAGGAUGCUUGUCACAUGAGUAUCUUCAAUUACUUGAAGCCAGGAUUUAAAGAACAACCAACGGACUAUUAUCUACGACCUUUCUGUAUCGAAAGCGAAAACAAUAUCGGUAAUACCAACAAAUUGAACGCGCAUCUUUGCAUCGGAACAAGAUUAACAUUCCAGAAUCUUCUGAAUUACAUCGAAAAAGUAGCGACAACCUUUGCGAAUGAUCUUUAUUUUGCAUUUACCUGGAUGGCCAGUUUGACUCACGAUUAUCUCAAUUUUGCACAAUUAGGCGACGAGGGCUACUACAGGUUACUUGAUACCCUCUCGAAAAACUAUUUUCUCAACAAGACGGCACUAAUAGUGAUGAGUGAUCACGGUAUGAGAUUCGGACCGUUUCGUCAGACUUUUCAAGGCAAGAUGGAAGACAGUCUUCCAUUCGCAUUUCUAGCUUUACCGAAAUGGUGGAGAGAAAGAUAUCCAGAGGCAUGGGCUAACAUGCAAAAAAAUAUGCGUAGUCUCACCACCGCGUUUGAUCUACAUGAGACGUUAAAAGAUCUAGCAGAUCCAAGAAGAGUCGAAGAGGAAUCUUUGAAACAACGAGCCGAUCUAAUUUCCAAUGGGAGCGUACCUCGUGGUAUAAGCUUUUUUUUACCCAUACCCAAUCACAGAACCUGCAAUAUGGCUAAAAUACCCGGCAAUCUGUGCAUGUGUCACAGAUCGAAAGAUAUAUCGCUCAACGACAUGGGAGUACAAAAGAGCGUGAAAUAUCUGACGCAAGUGUUAAACAACAUGUUGGCACCAUAUUCGCUUUGCGCCAAAUUAUAUUUACGGACGAUUAAACAAGCGAAAGUGCCGAUUAACUCGAACGAAGCAUCUUGGAUCGAUUAUUCGAUACAAUUUCAGACUUAUCCAGGAGAAGCCAUCUUCGAAGGUAUGGUGCGUUAUAGAAAGGACGAAAAAUCUUACAGUCUCCUCGGAACAAUAGGCAGGCUUAACGCUUACGGUAACCAAAGUGCAUGUAUGAAUGACUUUAACAUGCGUCUUUACUGUUAUUGCCUUUAAGCGCAUCACAUAUCUGAUAAACUUUAGAUCGAUAUUUUGUAGUAUUUUAAAUAAAUAUUCCUAAGUCAUUAAA